AAUUUAUAAAGCGUGUUCAUUUUGGGGGUGGCGGGGGAAACCUGCCAUAACUGUCAACUUAGGAGGUAUUCAUCAAGAAGAGAGAAAUGAUUGCCUCAAGUCAAGUGUUGACUGAGCUUCAAGUGGCAUGGUGGUGGGGCUUCAGAAUAUUUUCAAAAGAAGUCUGAGGAUUAGCCCUUUGAAAAAAAAAAAAAAAAGAAAAGCAAAGGGGAAAAAGCAGCUCUACUAGCACAUGCAGAUAUAAAAAAGAAGAGAACCCUGACCAAUUGCACCACAACCGGAUGGAAGAGCCAGCUGACACAAGUGUGCUGUCUUGGUGUCUAGGGAAGUUAGGGGCUCAGCUCCUACUGCAGGACUACCUGGACUCUGAAAAAUCUGAAGACCUACACAAGAGAAACAUGUCAUCUCAUACCUUCACUUUUUGAUUCCCACAGAAGACACGGAGAAGUCACACUGUUAACAAUGACAACCACUUUAGCCAGUGGCUGGUCUUGUUCCUUGCACAGGAUGUACUUCAUAACCAAUCACAGCAACCAACUGCCCCAAAACUUCUCUGGAGCAUCGAAUGCUACUACUUCCUGUUCUAUGGAUGAAAAAUUACUAUCUAUUGUGUUAACCACAUUCUACUCUGUUAUUUUCAUCAUAGGACUGGUUGGGAACGUAAUCGCCCUCUAUGUCUUUCUGGGUAUCCAUCGUAAAAGAAAUUCCAUUCAAAUUUACCUACUUAACGUUGCCAUUGCAGACCUGCUACUCAUCUUCUGCCUCCCUUUCCGAAUAAUGUAUCACAUUAAUCAAAACAAGUGGACACUAGGAGUGAUUUUCUGCAAGCUUGUGGGAACGCUAUUUUAUAUGAACAUGUACAUAAGCAUUAUUUUGCUUGGAUUCAUCAGUUUGGAUCGCUACAUAAAAAUUAAUCGGUCUAUACAACAACGGAAGGCAAUAACAACCAAACAAAGUGUUUACGUUUGCUGUAUAGUGUGGACAAUCGCUCUUGCUGGAUUUUUAACUAUGAUUGUUUUAACACUUAAGAAAGGAGGGCAUAAUUCCACAAUGUGUUUCCAUUAUAGACAGAAGCAUAAUGAGAAAGGAGAGGCAAUUUUUAACUUCAUUCUUGUGAUAAUGUUCUGGCUAAUUUUCCUACUAAUAAUCCUUUCAUAUAUUAAGAUCGGCAAGAAUCUAUUGAGGAUUUCUAAACGUAGGUCAAAAUUUCCUAAUUCUGGGAAAUAUGCUACUACAGCCCGGAAUUCCUUUAUUGUACUUAUCAUUUUUACGAUAUGUUUUGUUCCUUAUCAUGCCUUUCGAUUCAUCUACAUUUCUUCCCAGCUAAAUGUAUCAUCUUGCUACUGGAAGGAAAUUGUUCACAAAACCAAUGAGAUCAUGCUGGUUCUGUCAUCUUUCAAUAGCUGCUUAGAUCCAGUCAUGUACUUCCUGAUGUCUGGUAAUAUCCGUAAAAUCAUGUGCCAACUGCUUUUUAGACGAUUUCAAGGUGAAGCGAGCAGAAGUGAAAGCACUUCAGAAUUCAAGCCAGGUUACUCCCUGCAUGAUACACCUGUGGCAGCGAAAAUACAGUAUGGUUCUAAAAGUACUUGAGGUGAACAUACUACAAAGAAUGCGAUAAUACCACCUUUUAAUUUAGAUAAAACCACCUCGAAGAACUAAAAAAAAUUAUGAAACAAAGCUCUAGCAUUUACAAAACACAUCUUCUCUGACCACUGAUGACAUUCGUGGUACUUUGCUUAACUGUAAAAUAGUUCAUGGCAGAGAAAAGCUUAAACUCAUCACUGGAUUUUAAAUCUAUGUAAAAUGUUUUUCAGAAAACAUCAUUAAGCUAACACUCUUAAUGUAGACUAAAAAGUUUAGUGAAGUUCAUGGCUUUAAGAACAAGAUUAUUACUGCAAGUGUCAGUUUCUCAAGUCACUUAAAGUAGUUAUUAAAAUCAAGCAUUUGAAUAUUAAUUUGCAAUGUGUUUAAACGUAAGUUAAAAGAUUUGGGGAGUGACUUAAAAUGUUAGAAAAUUAUAUAUUCUCUCGUCAUUUUAAAAGCAUGUAUAAUUCGCCAAUGUAUUCAUUUAUACCUAACACUCUGUAACAGGUGAAAUGAUAAUAAAAUUCUAAUGAAACAUGA